GGUUGUUUUCUCAUCCAGAUUAUCACCAUGAGGUAUAUAAGAGCUCAGAAUUCAGCAACGAUGUUAAUGGGGAGGCCAAAGAGACACAACCCAUUUUUUUAGGAGAUGAAAGCAUGGAAAUUAAAAAACAAAUUACAGGAAUGAGAAGGUUACUGAAUGACAGCACUGGGAGGAUAUACCAGCGUGUUGGUAAGGAAGGAGAAAAACUCAAGGAAGAACCCCAGGAUUUGGAUUCCAUCUGGCCUCAGCGUUUGAACUCCUCUGCUGACACCCCACAAAGCCUCCACCCUCCUUCACGUGGUGUGUGGAAUGAGCUACCACCCCAAGGCGGGCAAUUCUCAGGGCAGUAUGGCACCCGCUCUAGAACCUUCCAGACUCAGCCCCACCCUGCUGUGAGCUCCAACGGAGAACUUCCAGUGGUGAAUUCGUCGGUUGGAUCAAACUGCUGUACUUGCAACUGCCAGUCCACACUACAGGCCAUUCUCCAAGAACUCAAGACCAUGCGGAAGUUAAUGCAAAUACAAGCAGUUGGAACCCAAAACAGACAACAACCCCCAAUUUCCCUUAUGUGCUCCCAGCGAACUGCUGUCUCACGCAAGCGAAAUAAAAAGAAAAAAGUGCCCCCAAAGACUGUUGAGCCUCUUACUGUGAAACAGAAGCCCAGUAUGUUAGAAACUGAGAAGACAUCACUUACCUCUGAGCAGUCUGGUUUCCAGACUACUGAAUGCACCUCCACUGAGGAGAACCACCUCCUAGGAUUUGGUAUUGUUCUCGAAUCACCUUCCUCAGAUCCAGAAGUGCAACUUGCUGAAGGCUUUGAUGUGUUUAUGCCUAAAUCUCAGCUGGACUCUAUAUUGUCAAACUACACUCGCUCAGGAAGCCUUCUGUUUAGAAAACUGGUGUGUGCAUUUUUUGAUGACAAGACUUUGGCUAACUCCUUACCCAAUGGGAAGAGGAAAAGAGGACUCAAUGACAACCGGAAAGGCCUAGACCAGAAUAUUGUGGGUGCAAUAAAAGUCUUCACAGAAAAAUACUGUACAGCUAACCAUGUGGAUAAGCUUCCUGGCCCGAGAGACUGGGUACAGAUUCUACAGGAUCAAAUUAAACUGGCCAGAAGAAGGUUAAAAAGAGGCUCAGCAGAGGUGGCUGACGGUGAUGAGAGACUGGACGGCAUUUCUCUGCCACCAACAGGUCACAUAUUUGACACCAGGAGAGAAAACACGGAAGACACAGAGCCAGAUCUCACUGCCUAGUGUUCCAUGUAGUGAUAUCAUUCUUAGCCUGCGUAACUUUUCCAUUUCCAUUUCCUCAAAAAUCCACUUAGCAUUUCAGGUUACUGCAGAGUGGGGGUGUUCUGUGAUGUUUACCUGUCAUGUUUGAAUAGUUUCCAUAUACUUUUUUUAUAAUAUGUGAUAAUCAAGCCUCCAGGUUGGUAUAUUUUUAAAUCAUUUUUAGAGUGACUUAUGUCCCUUAAAAGCCCAAUACAUUUUCGGUCAGUUCACUGUCCAUUAAAAAGAAGUGGUUCUCUUCUCCCUUUUAAUGUUUUCAUAAUCUCAGUGUGAAUAUAUGGAAUUUUGAAGCAUAUUUAUGUUAAAGUAAACUGCUUAGAUGCAGUAUAAAGGAGAAUGGCUCUUUCUGGUUCUAAGAGAACAAUUUGAAGGCCAAAAUUAAUUAGACCUUCACCAGAUUAGAAGUUGAAACAGUUAUUUGGAGAAAUCAGAUAGCUCUGAUCUACUGGAUAAAAGUAUUUAUGACAUCAUUUCCCCAAAACAGCCAUUUGUAACUAAGUGCAAAUGACAUUAUCAAUUCUUAGAAAGAAAAUCCUUUUCAUGUAGGUUAUAUCAACACAAUGACAAAAUAACUAAUUAAGGUGAGAAGCUCAAAGUAACCUGUUAUAUGUAUGCAAUCUAACAGAUAUUUUAACAGAUGGUUUUAAAUGUGAAUGGUCCAGUGUUUUGGCAUUUUGCGGCAACUGGCUACAAAUAUACUGAAUUAACAUCAUAUACUUUAUUUCAUCUCUACUACACUUGCCUGCCAGUUUAUAUAAAACUAACAUAAAAAUCUGGAUUUAUUUUAAAGAGAUACCUUGCCAUGUGAGCAUUUGUUUUGCAGAAAUACUUACCUCCAGAUCCUUUUCUCUAAUAAAAUAGUGAAUUUAAUAUACAUUUUACUUAGAUAUGUUGCAUUUACACUUCAUUUAAUGUAUAAAACUAAUUACCUUGAUUCUUUGGCACUUGACCCAAAGACCAAAAACUGUCUUGAAAAAAUCUGGACUGUAGAAACAAGCACCCUAGAGGAAAAUAAGCUGUGCUGACACUCUCACACUUUUCCCUAGUAAUAGUGUCAGAGCCAAAACGGUAGUAGGGUUCCUGUACCCAUCCCUCAUUUUGCAGGUAAGGCGGCAGGAGAGGGUGAGGCUCAUGAUUGCUUGGGGCCAGGUAACCCAUCAGCGGCCCUGCCAAGCCUAGACCCAAAUCCCUUACUACCCUGUCCAAGGUACUACGUCCUAGCCCACUGCACAGCCAAACCCGGAACCAGGAGGGAGCUCUGGAGUGAACAGCCUUCCACCAAGACCAGCUCAUCACCGAAGAAAAGAUGCAACAUCCCUGUAAUGUGACAAAGUGGCUUUAGGUGUGGAUUGUGGAAUCUAGCUAAUAGACAGCUACAUCUCAUGUAUGUUUGUCUUUUGUCUUUUUGAAGCUACAAGGAAGGGUCUAAGAAAAUACUCCCAUGGCAUCCUGAAUGAGCCCUGUACAUUUCAGGCCAGUUCAUAAUCCCUUCCCUGAAACAAUGCCUUUGUUCAUCAAGCGGUCUAAUGAAGUACUGUGAGCCAAGGCUUUUAUUUUUCUGCAAAGCAUUUUAAAAUUUGUCUUCUGCCUCUCAGAAAGUAACAUUUCUCAAUGGAAUUGAUAAGAUUAAUGAAUGGCCAUUCUACUCUAUUCAGUAGAUGAAUAUGUUGCUAAUAAAGGUAGAAACAUUUACAGCUGUGGGAUCUGUUAAAUAUGUACCCUAAACCUGCAAAGCACUUCCUUCCAAGACUGGGAAACAGCUUGGAUUUUUCAAUACUUGAGGAAGGGUGGGGAUUAUUCAACUCACAAAUAUGUGCAAUGGAUCCACAAAUUGGAAAUACAUAUCAUAAAACCGCAACAGUAAAAUCAUAUUUUAUAAAAUGAAAUUGUAUGUGUGUUUACUUACUGUGACUACUGUGCAGAAUUUAUUCAGAAAUCCUUUUUAUAGGCUUUCUUAGCAAAAAAAAAUUAUUCCAUAUCUAUGGAUAAUGUCUGAAUCUUCUGUAUAUAUGUUUUAUUAAUAUGUAAAUAUUUAGAUUUUUUAAAAUUACUAUGUUCUUUAAAAAAAGUUCAACGCAAGUCAGUUGUGAAAAUGGUGUAUAACAUUGUGUUGUGAGAUCAAUUCCCAUGAUGCUCUUUAUGUCCGUUCUGAAAGAAUACAAUAAAUUACUUUA